CGUGUUCAGGAACCAGGAGCCCAUCUACUUCACGCUCGACAGCUUCUACGAGACCCUGACGGUCAUCCUGGUGGAGCCGAACGUCCCGGAGAGUUUCCUGUUGGCCUACACGAGCCAGUUCGAGUUCCCGCACGAGGUUGUGAAGGUCGACUAUGUCACAGUAGGUCCCAGCUUUGGUUGUGCUUUUUAUACGUGGAAGUUAUUAUGAAAUGAGAAAUUAAAAACUUGAAUUUUGAUGUUCAAAUAUUUACGGAUAUAUAUACACACACAUAUAUAUAUAUAUAUAUAUAUAUAUAUAUAUAUAUAUAUAUAUAUAUAUAUAUAUAUAUAUAUAUAUAUAUAUAUAUAUAUAUAUAUAUAUAUAUAUAUAUAUAUAUAUAACUUAGUCUCCUAAAACCACUUGAAAACCAAGUUUUUUCUAUUCCUUUUUGUUUACAUUUAUGAAAUGGCGUGUGAUUUAUCAUUUAUUGAGGAGGGGUAAAGGGGUAAACUGCUGGGAAAAACACGUAUUAUAUUUCCUUCUUUUUCCCCUUCAAAAAACAUACUAUUUUUUUUUUUUUACUGAAAACCCAAAUACGUCACAAACACAAAGCACAUAAAUUGAUCUCCACACCAAGAUACGGAAGCAUUGAACACAUUAUAUUUCGUUCACAUUCCACUUGGACAAAAAAAAACGGGAAGAAAUUAUUUUUGGAGUUUGUGGGCAGGGCUGUAAAUUUGAAAGACUAUGUAGUCAUAGGGAAAAAGUCUUUGUGCAAUUCUGAUUCUGAUUCUGAUAGACUACGCUGCUGCAUCCAAGUAUUGGCAUUUGUGCAACGGAUCGGGAAACGGUGCGGCUAUCCUGACGGCUCCUAGUGGGUGCCAGGGCAGCCUUGAAACUCUCGAUGUCGAGUCCACGGCGGCAUUGUUCAGUUGGUUCCAAGCAAUUAAUGUUCGUGGGAAGUUUUCAGUUCGAUAGGAUGACGGGAAGUGCGUCAAUCAGCUGUCCGAAGAUUUUUGCCAGAAACACACGAACAAAAGUUAAUAAUAAAGGAUUUAAAAAGAUUUUGUUUAAAGAAAUUUACUGCACUGUUAAUAAGUUCAUCGAGCAAUGAGACGAAUCCUCUGCAAAAUAUAAAUAAUUGCAUUAGCUAACACAAUGCUUUUAAGAGGAGCUUUCCAAAUGUUUCGUGCCAGCGGCACAAUCAUGCUUGAGACAUAUUUCCAUUUCACACAACAGAAACUACGUUUCAUUUGAUUAGCGAAAACUAAAAGGGGGGGUAAGGCUAAAGAUGUUUCUUAUACUCCUUAGGAGUCCAGACCGGGUAGAUUUAUGAUGGAUUUCGCCAUGGGUCAACAGAAGAAAAUGUUCGACUUAAAAGUGUUCAUAGGAGCAUACCUCACUCACCCGGAGUCUAAUAUCAGCGUUGGUUUAUUCAAAGGGUCGGCCAUCCACUCAGAGGCUAUUGCCGUAAGUGUUAGACUAAUCCAAAACACAUAGUGGAAUGGUGAAGCUUAGAUAACUUUUUUAAUGACAGCAAAGCUUUUUUUUUUUAACCUUGUAGCCUGGAUUCUUAUUCUUCACAGCACUGUUAUUGUAAAGCAGAGGUUCUCAGCCUUCCCUUUAAUGCAGUUCCUCACGCUGUGGUGACCGCAAAAAAUAAAAUUAUUUUCGUUGCUGUUUUAUAUUUUUAAUUGUAUACAGUACUGCCGAACUAAAGGUUUACUAUUUUAUUGUGAUACUACACAGUAUUGCUACCGUGAAGGUUGGAAAUAUAAGGACAAGGUAUGUUCAACUUGAAUUCAUAGACAGGACAAAAGAGUUCGAAGUUUCGGCUUACAGCCUUCAUCAGCAAACAAGACAAAUAGAAAUAGAACAAGUAACAAAGCACAGUAAAAAAUUUUUUUACAGAUUUCCUUUUGUUGCCGGAAGUAGGAUUACAGGAAGUGAAAUAAUAUAAAUAUUGGUACUGUGAAAAAUAAGGUAGAGAAUCUUAACGGACCAAAACAUUUAGGGAUACACGAAAUCUAAGGAACAAGAAACAAAAGAAGAAAUACAGGGAAAUUUAGAAACAGUAUUUGAUUCAUACCAUUUGGAGAUAUGGUGCCGAAAAGCUGAAUAAAUUUGUUGUCCAUUUUCACUCUCUCUGUUUGUGCAAAAAAAAAUCAGUGCCUUAAUGGAUAAAUGUAAUGCACCUUUAUGUUUCCCUCUGUUGAAGUGUGAAGAGACUGGGGAAAGUUUGACUUGUUCAAUAUCCCGACGAUGUUCUGCCAAUCUUCUCCCUGUUUCUCCUAUAUAACUAGAGUGACAUCUAGGGUACAUAAUCACAUAAUAUAUCCCAUUCCGACUAACGCAUGUGAAACUCUCUUUGAUGGUAAAGGUACCUUAAAGGAGGCGAGUGUUUUUUUGGUUGGGGUGUGCAAGGGACACGUCCUACAUCGGCGUCUUGAGCAUUGUUUAGUCCCAAUGUCAGACGGGUCAGCUCGAAGGCGACUAUGAACCAGAAGGUCACCUAGAUUUUGUCCCGCCUGAAGACGAUGAUUGGAGGGGAUGAGAAUAGCCUGUUAUUGUCGGGGUCGACAAGAAUAUUUUUUCGGCUGUCAAAUUGUUAGGGAGAUCGGUUAAUAUGAGCGUGGUUCGAUAUUAAUUUUUAGUUUUGGUGAGUUUUUAAAAGCUUCUUACCGUGGCAGCAUUGCCAUGGCAAUUAAUGAACUUCAAAAAUGUAUAGCCUUCGUAUUCUUUCACUUCCUGUAAGCCUACCUCAGGCAACAAAAGUAAAAUCUCUAAAGUUUUUUUUUUUUUUACUGUGCUUGGUUACUUGUCAUAAUUCUUUCUGUCUUUGUUUGCUGAUGAAGGCUCUAAGCCGAAUCGUCCAAAUCUUUUGUCUUGUCUGUUAAUUCAAGUUGAGCAUACCUUGUCCUUAUAUUUCAUUUACAAAACGUGAAUACAGUCCAUCAGUUUUUAUGUGAAGUUUUGCUAGUGUAUUGUGAUUAUACACAUUACUGUUAAUAAAAGUAGUUUAGUUUGUACAUUUUAUUUCUACACAGUACUGCUAUUGAAUCUUUUGACUAUUUUAUGUUAAUUCUACACAGUAAUGCUAUUGAUAAUGCUUGCUAUUUCAAUAUGAUUCUUCCCAGUACUUCUAUUGAAAAUUUUGACUAUUUUAUUGUAAUUCUACACAAUACCGCUAUUGAAAAUGUUGACUAUUUUAUUUUAAUUCUACACAGUACUGCUAUUGAAAAUGUUGACUGUUUUAUUUUAAUUCUACACAGUACUGCUAUUGAAAAUGUUGACUGUUUUAUUGUAAUUCUACACAGUACUGCUCUUGAAAAUGUUGACUAUCCUUACAGACACAGUUCCUUCUCAAUGCCCACGUCAAGUACGCCAUUGGAGAAAACUUCUCAGUCCAAACGGGGGUGCACCAUUUAGUCACCAAAGAUACGAUCUCGAGUGAUACAACCCUGCCCAUCAUCAAACUUAUUUGUGCUAUCUUGCCUGCAGUGUUUAUCCACGGACUCAUUGGAGAGAAAAAUGUAUGUCCAAAUAAAAAUAUUAAUAAUAAUAAAGAACGCAUUUCAAGAUUUAAAAAAAAAGAUGUGAUAGUUACGGACCAGUAAUUGCUUUUUGAUUGGUCAACGACUCCAAGCUUGUGCAAUAGGGGACAGCCGUUGGUCUGUUAAAACAUAACUUGCUUGAAUGUUGUUGUUUUUUUUUAAAAGUCACUAGCAGCGCGAACGUUUGUAUGGAUUUAAGAUUCAAUUCAGUAUGGUAAGCACCUUUCAUUAUAAAAGAUUCCUAAAGAAUAUUCUUAAUAUAUGAAAUCAUGACGUCAGUUUAUGUCUAAAAUAAUAAACUACAUCAAUUUUUUUGUUGUUGUCACGAGCGCCAUUUCCAUUGACAAUAAAUAAAUUGUGCCUACACCAAACUCCUUAACUCAAAAGUUGAAACGAUCUGUUCCAUAAAUUAAAAUAAUGUGGUUGACUAGAUCAGUAAUGACAACGCUAAAGUUCGGGUUGUUUCCAAAGCACUGAUUUAAUGGGACACAUCAUGAGACCAAAAACAAACCUAUGCGUUUGUGGAUUCUAUCCUCUCAUCAAGACAGGGGCCAAACACCUUCAGAUGCUGACCGACGUCCAUCCCAUCAUCUUCUGGAUCGGUCACUUCCUGUUCGACAUGUCCGUGUUCCUGUUCAUCGUCAUCACCAUGAUGCUGGCUCUGCUCUACUACCCGGACGUCUUCCUGGCCGACGGCCAGUGGAUGGUCCUCUCCAGCGUCCUGGUCGCGUUCGGGCUGGCGAUGCUGCCCUUCAUUUACUGCAUUCAUUGGCUCUUCACGUCGCCAACCAACGGGGUCAACGCUGUG